GUUUGAGACGUGUGUGUGUGUGUUUUUAAUGUUAUUUUGCCUCCAAUUUUUUUAUUUAUUUACAAUUUGACCCCACAUAAAUUUAUAUAAUUUCAAUUGGCUAAACUGGCCACUCACUGUGCGGCCUAUAAAUGGCCCUUGCGAUUCCCGGAGUUUCUUUCAGAAUAUUCAAAUACAGAAAGAAGAGCAAAGAAGAGAGAGUUUCACCGGAAAAAAGAGGUCGAUGAUGAUGGAGUACGGAGGCGCCCCCGUAGGUCCGGCGUCAACGGCGGUGGUGAGGCAGGUGAAGGUAGGGAAGGAGUGCGAGCUUAGAAUCGAAGUCGGUCCGGACACACCUCUCCGACUUCGUCUCCUCACUGGCACCGCUGAGAUCUUCGGCACUGAAAUCUCUCCCGGAAUUUGGCUCACUUUGACUCCCAGGCUCAAAUUCUCCGUUUUUUCGUGGUAUGGAGCCACAGUUGAAAUGGAUGGCACUACUGAAACUGAUUAUAUUGCAGAUGAAACACCUAUGAUUAGUUAUGUAAAUGUGCAUGCCACACUGGAAGGACGUAGAAAUCGUGCUAAAGCGUCAUCUAGUGACUCCGAUACGUAUCAGGGUCCGAGGGUAAUUGUAGUGGGACCUACAGAUUCUGGAAAGAGUACCUUGUCAAGGAUUCUUCUUAGUUGGGCAGCUAAACGAGGUUGGAAACCUACUUUUGUGGAUUUGGAUAUCGGCCAAGGAUCUAUAACCAUCCCCGGAUGUAUUGCUGCUACCCCAAUUGAAAUGCCAAUUGACCCAGUUGAAGGAAUCCCUCUUGAAAUGCCUCUUGUUCACUUCUACGGACACACGACUCCUAGUGUCAAUGCAGAUUUGUACAAGGUGCUUGCGAAGGAGCUUGCUCAGACUCUGGAGAGACAGUUUGCUGGAAAUGCUGAAUCUCGAGCUGCAGGAAUGGUAAUCAAUACCAUGGGAUGGAUAGAGGGUCUUGGUUAUAAGUUGCUGCUUCAGGCAAUUGAUACAUUCAAUGUAAAUGUUGUUCUGGUUUUGGGUCAGGAGAAACUUUGCAGCAUGCUAAAAGAUGUAUUAAAAAGCAAGCCUGAUGUUGAUGUUGUGAAACUUCAAAAAUCAGGUGGUGUUGUAUCCAGGAAUUCAAAAGUCCGUCAGAAGUCCAGGAGCUACAGGAUAAGGGAAUAUUUUUAUGGCAUUGUAAAUGAUCUUUCGCCACAUUCAAAUAUUGCAAAUUUCAGUGAUUUGUCUGUGUAUAAAAUUGGUGGACCACAGGCCCCACGUUCGGCCCUGCCAAUUGGUGCAGAGCCAGCUGCAGACCCAACAAGGUUGGUCCCUGUGAAUAUCAACCGGGACCUGCUUCAUUUAGUUCUUGCUGUUUCGUUUGCCAAGGAACCAGAACAAAUUAUUUCAAGUAAUGUUGCCGGGUUCAUCUAUAUCAUAGACAUCAACAUUCACAGGAAGAAAAUUACAUACCUUGCGCCAUCCACCAGGCAACUCCCAAGCAGAUUCUUGGUCAUGGGAACUUUGACAUGGCUUGAAACCUGAAUUAUUUAAAAAUAAUUGCAAGUUGUGCCUUGUUUUUGGUUGAAAGCUUGGUUUAAUUGUUUAAUUUUAAUCUUAUCACCUAUUUUUGUAUGUAUUAUUGCAUUCCAAACCUUUUGCCAAAGUUGGCAUAAAGUUUGACAACUGUCAAGGUUUGGCGAAGCUCUCUCUACUUCUCAUCAUGGGUUCCCCAAAUGACGAUGUCAUUUGACAUUUUGUAAGGAAAAUAAAAAGAAAUUACAUUUUUUUUAUAA